UGUGUCUGGCUGUUUCCUUUCUUCGCUGGUCUCUGCCACGCUGAGCUCACACGGGAGCUGAGCAGAGAGGCAGAGCGCCUGGGGCUGAGUUCUGCCCUGGGGCUGUCUUGGAACAUGGCCCUGCAGGUGUCGGCUCUGGCCCUUCUCCUGGCCCUUCCCCCACUGCUGUCUGCCCAGGGAGCAGGACUGCCCAGUCCCAGCCGCCCCAAGACUCCAGACACGUGCAGGAAGGAGGGAGCCUGGACCACGAAGGUGACGUUUCCCUCCGAGCCGACGGUGUUUCCGGUCAAUGGCACGGUGCAGGUGACAUGCACUGAGAAGCCUGAAUCCGGGCCGUUCCCUGCAAAAUGCACAGAGCUGAAGGACCGCGGGGCAGUCUGGGAAAUCAGCGGAGUCCAGUGUCUCAGGAUGUGCAAUGAUUGGGUGAGGCAGGUAGAUUUUGACCCUGCACAGACGGAGUUCGGCGUCGGGGCCGAGGGUCGGGUGACCUGUCGUCAGCAGUUCCUGCAGAACUCGUUCAACGUGACGUGCAGAGAGACGGCGCCGGGGCACUUCGAGUGGGAACUGGGUGCACACAAGUGUGUCAGAAAAUGUAAGAUACUCAAAACCUGGGACUCCAGAUUGCAGUUUUCCCCCAAAAGGCAGUUCUACUCCCCGGGUGAAUCGGUGACGCUGAGCUGCUCUGAGGGGUAUCGGCCAUCACCACCUGUGAUCAAAUGUGUCACAAAUGGGAGCCUGCCUGUCUGGAGUGAGACCCCCACCUGCCAGGGGGUUUGUACGACGGCAGGAAACUGGCCCCCGUCGGUCUCUGCUGCCUCCGCACAGACAGAGUUUGUCGUUGGCGAGAGGCUUUGGGUGACCUGUCGCCCGGAGCAGUACGAGGGGCCCCCGGCUUGGAUGCAGUGUACGGAGACGGCUGGGCGCGUGGAGUGGGACACGAGCCAUGUGAGCUGUGUGGAGAAAUGCCCCCAGCCCCAGUGGGACCCCAGACUCCGGUUUGUGCCAGACCAGCCGUUUUAUGGCCUGAAUGAAGAGAUGACGCUGAGCUGCCCUUGGGGGUCCCAGCCUUCGCCCUCUGUGAUCAGAUGUGUGAGAUGGGGUCAGACCUGGAGUUACUGGGCUAGGUGGGACCGGGGCACAUGGCGCCCUACCCCAGGGAACGUUACCUGUCCGGUGACCCCCCGGAUCAUCCCAGGGGCCCUGGAGAUUUCACCCGCCACCAUCAAACUGCACUGGACUUGUGAACCCCCCGAAUCCUGCCAGGGCAGCUGGAAGAUACGGGCCCAAUGCUUGAUGGAUGGACCCCUGUCAGGCCCCUGCUGGAGACCACAGCACACCACCAGCGAGCAGCCAUUACAGGGACUGGAAGGAACAGUAACGUGCAGCUCCCUGCACCCCUUCACCUCCUACAGAGUCACCAUCUCUGGGGGCUACCCAGCAACCGUCCUUUAUAGCCAGCAGGUCCACACGAGUGAAACAGCCCCAGACCAACCCAAGAUUGAGCCGCUGGAUCCCAGCACCAAAACCUUCAGGUGGAAGCAGCUGCCGCCCUGCAAAGGGGCGAUCGUCGGGUACCAGCUGAACAUCACGGCCAGGAGAGAGUACAACAGCAGUUUCCUCGAGGUCGAGAAGCUGCGAGUGAAUCAGUCGGUCACCAAGUACCUGCUGCACCCCUGGAGACACGGGACCAACUACACGGUGACAAUCCAGGGCCUGACGGCUGCCGGCCUUGGGCAGGAGUCGCGCUGGGACUUUGAAACCAACAUCUCUGAGCCGGCCAUCCCCGCCAGCGUCACCGCCCUGAGCGUCUACAGCAUCUCCCCGUCGAGCGGGACGGCUCUGCUCCCACUGCAGCCCCUCCCUGGGCUCCAUGGACCCAUCAGGGAGUAUCAGAUCAUUGUGUCUGCGAUGCAGAAUGGCAGCGAAGCGGACGCCUGCUGCUCACCAGGUCUGCGGCCCUUCAACUCCAGCCUGGAGCGCGACAUGUACCUGGCUGCCGUGCUCCCCGCGCACAACCUCACAGGCCCGACUGACUUUGUGCUGGGCGACGGGGCCCAUCACUAUGGGUACUACAAUGCUCCCCUCCGCCCCCACAGGAACUACACGGCUGUCGUCCGUGUCAUCAGCCGCUGGAACCAGAUGGAGAAAUCCAGCUGUGUGCGCUAUGACUUCUCCGUCGGAGAGGCCCAGACGCCCCAGCGCGGGGGCAUGGCGGUGGCCGUGGCAGUGCCGGUGGUCCUGGUUCUGCUGGUCGCAGGGGCCCUGCUGCUGUGGCUCGUGCUCUCCAGGAAGAAGCGGGACGAGCCAAAGGACAAGAGCAACGGGUCAAUCCCCCUGAAGAGGAACCGAGGAGCAGGUGCAAGCAGGCUGCGCACACAGAUCCCGGUGGCUGAACUGCUGGAGUCUCUGAAGCGGUUUAAGAGAGCAGAAAUGGAGGAGGAGGGGGCAGAGGACGAUGCAAAUCCUGAACGGCCCCCAGUGGGGCGCGAUGCGGAGUACCAGAAACUGGUCUCAGGUUUGCUGCACCCAAGCCAUGCCGGCAAGGAGCCCUGGAACCAGGCCAAGAACCGCUACAAGAGUGUCAUCCCAUAUGAUCACUGCCGCGUGGUGCUGCAGUCUGCCAACGUGGGCGCUGACUACAUCAACGCCAGCUACGUCGAUAGCUACCGGAGCCCCCGCUUCUUCAUUGCUGCUCAGGGCCCGCUGCCUGGCACCGUGGUGGAUUUCUGGCAGAUGAUCUGGCAGGAGAAGGUCUCGGCCAUUGUGAUGUUAACGGGCCUGGUGGAGCAGAACAAGACCAAGUGUGAGCAGUACUGGCCGGAGGGCGAGCAGGUCUGCGGGGACUUCACUGUGACUCUCAGCAACACCUGGACAACCACGAGCCUGGUCACACGCACCUUCCGCCUGCAGAGGGCAGGUUCUCCGCUCCCGAGAAACAUGCAGCAGUUUCACUACCUGCUGUGGCCAGACCACGGGGUCCCCAGCAACCCAGCCAGGCUUCUGCAGCUGGUGGAGAUGGUGAACGAGAGGGUGUCGGAGGCGCCUGCCGGCCCCGUGCUCGUGCACUGCAGCGCGGGGAUCGGCCGCACAGGCACCUUCAUCGCCCUGGACGUCCUCCUGAAGAUGGCGCGGGCCGAGGGCAGCGUGGAUGUUUUCCGCUGUGUGCAGCGGCUGCGGGAGCAGCGGGUCGGCAUGGUGCAAACAAAGGAGCAGUACACUUUCCUCUACGAGGUGCUGCUGGAGGGGCUGCUGUGCGGGAACACUGGGGUCCUGGUGGAGAGCGUCCCUAGCCACGUCAGCCUCCUGCGCCAGCCCGACGCCCAGACGCAGAGCAACGGGUUCUCUCGGGAGUUCAAGGCCUUGCAGAAGUUUUCCGAACUGUUCCAGCUCUCCCCAUGCAAGGAGGCCCAGCAGCCCAGAAACCAGCCCAAGAACCGCAAGCCGGCGAUCCUGCCAGCGGAUUGCAGCCGCCCCAUCCUGAUGUCCUCCCUGAAAGCGGACGGCUCGCCCGGCUACAUCAACGCAGUCUUUGUUGGCACCUACGCGGAAGAAGACAACGUCAUCGUCACCCAGCUACCGCUCAGGGAAACGCUGGUGGAUUUCUGGGCCCUGCUCUGGGACUACACCUGCACCGCGCUGGUCAUGCUGAACCGCAUCGAGGAGUUGGACCAGACAUACCUGGCGUUCUGGCCUGCGCACGGAGAGGCCUCUUACGGCCGUUUCCACGUCGAACUGAUCUCGGAGGAGCCGGGAGCUGGCUUCACCAUCCGCACACUCGCUGUAACCAACAGGCAACAGCCCAAGAAGGCCGCGCUGGAGAUCAGGUUCUGGCAAGUAGACGACUGGCCCAUGCAGCAGCGGCUCCCCCCAUGCCCUGCCACCAUCAUCAGCUUGCUGGGGGAGGUGGAGCGGAGCCAGCGGACAAGCCAGGACAGCCACGUUCUCGUCACUUGCUGGGACGGUGCCAGCCGCUGCGGGCUCUUCUGUGCCGCCACCUUCCUGUGCGAGCAGAUCCGCAGCGAGGGGCUGCUGGACGUCUCGCAGGCGGUGAGAAUGCUGAAGCGCCGGCGACGGCAGAUGAUCAAGGACGUGGAGCAGUACACGUUCUGCUACGAGUUAGCCCUGAGCUACCUGGACUCAUUCAAAAUCUAUGGGAAUUUCAAAUAGAGGCGAGCGAGGGACCUUCUCGAGUCGGGACCUUCUCGAGUCGCAACCUUCUGCUGCUGCUGCUUCUCGUGGCACCUCUGUGCUGCUCUGUGCCCGGGCAGAAGCCCGUGUCCUGGGGAGCGAGCCGGGGCCAUGGAAACUGGCAGAGACGAGAAGGGCCCUGGUGGUGCCGGCUGGGACACUCUGGACUCCUGACAUGCCGUACCCUGGAGCCCACGCAGCUGGCUGAAGCAGACGGUUUCCUCUGGGGCUCAUUUCCAGGGAGUGGGUUGGAUGCUCUGAAUCUGUUAUCCCAGACUUUGUCCAGCCAGGGACUUGGGUGGUAACUUACCUGGAGCCAGAGUGCGUGUGCAUUGUGACUUCUCAGGGGUAGCCGAGGUGUCCGGGGGGAAUCGGUACCACCGCUCACAGCGGGAGGGAGCCCUGGCCAUGCCCACCAGGAAAACUCUCCCAAAGUCCUGGCUGCUGGCAACACGAGCACUCCACUCUGGGCUCCGCGAGCCCUGUGCUUUCCCUCUGCAGGCUGGUAAUUUACACACCCUACGCUGUUACACUCACUGGCCUGAUCCCGUGUCUCCUGGACACCAGCAACACACACCAAUCUGCUGCCCUGUGGAAACGGUGCCCUCGCUUUACCAGCUUCACCUCAGUUCAACCCACAUUGUGGGUGUAGCCCAGCCUGUCGUCUUGUAAGCAAGGAACACGGUCCAGUGCUGGGGCAGCAGCUGUUCCAAGGAAAACCCAGUCCCCCAGAGCCCUGUUUCUUGCCUUAUUGUCCUUAGUUAUCGAUUCUGUCAAAGCUCAGACGCAUUAAUACGCUUCCAGGCCGUGCGAGGGACUAAGGUUGCACUUGUCUUCAGGCACUGCCCAGAGGCUGGGCGCUGCCAUUUGAACAACUUGGUAUAAAUGGGACAAGUUUAAACAUCAAAAGCAGCCGAUUAAAGCUCAGUUUAAAGCUC